GUAUAAUAACAUCUGAGUGCGACAGAAUAGUUCAGUUCUUGAGAACUUAUUAUUUUUUGAUUAGUAAUCCAUCGGGAUUGUAGUGAAAGAAUAAUAAAUAACUUAUUUCAGUGAUUUUGUUAUCUAAAUGCACAAAAAGAUUCUUAAAGUGUUGAUAAAUUAAAGUAUAUUUAGGGCUUUUAAGAAUGGCAUCGAGACGUUCAUCGCUUUUAUUUUUGCGUUUUGAUUACAAAUCCUUAACUAGUUUGCAUCAUAGGAAUAAGAAUUUUACGUGGAGUUGCACGCAACGUUUCCUGUCAACAACAUCAGAUGUGACCCCACAUAGCAAAUUAGAGCCCUUAGCAAGCAAUAGAAACACUAAUGAUGUUACCGUUCAAUACAUCCGAGGGCUACCGAAUGUCAUCUGUCCACUGCCUAGCCGUAACGAAAAGUGCCAAUUCAUUCUCCGGCCAGUGUCCCAUAAUGUCGGUGAUUUCAUAGAAAUGUUGAAAGCAGAAGACCGUGGCAUUGAUCGUGCGGCGAUUUUAAAUAAAAAUGGUGUUCGGAUAGCUUCAUCGUGUUCCAUUGAGAAUCUCAUGGACGAAAGUUUCUGGUUGCAUUUAAAUGACAAACAUUACUUUGUUGAGCCACCAAAGCGAGAAAAAAUAUCAUCAGAAGAGGUCACAAAAUUGGGCGACGUGAGAUCGCUGGUGGCACAGCUUUAUGAAGCGCUGCACGUAGGUGAACAUCAAAUUCGAAAAGAAAGAGAGCUUUACGAGAAACUAGAGACAUUAAAUUCAAAGUUAGGACCAUUAGAGCAGAAAAAAGUGGAAUUGGAUGAAAAAGCAGCUCGAAAGGCGAAUGCCCUUACAUGGGUUGGGCUAGGGUUGAUGUCCGUGCAAUUUGGUGUAUUAGCUCGAUUGACAUGGUGGGAAUAUAGUUGGGAUAUUAUGGAACCGGUGACAUAUUUUGUCACAUAUGGAACUGCCAUGGCUGCGUAUGCUUACUUCGUACUUACGAAACAAGAAUAUAUUCUUCCCGAUGUUAAAGAUCGUCAACACUUAAUUUCGUUGCAUAAAGCAGCGAAGAAGAAUGGCCUCGACCUCAAUCAAUACAACGAGAUCAAACGUGAAAUAGCCGAGAUUGAACAUGACUUAAGGCGUAUCAACGAUCCCCUUUAUAAGAAUCUCCCCGCAUUUCCACCAAAAACGCCAAACUUUAGUCAAACUGAAAUCGCAUCAUCGAAAAAGCUCAAAUCAAUUCUAGCGGAUGCUGCAAAAUUGAAGAGUGGAACUAAGGGGAGUGUAGAAAAAAUACAACAAAUACUCGAAGCGGCGACUAAAAGACUUAAAAAGUAAUUUCGUGAUCGCAUGACGUGAAGGUUUUUUCAUUAUUUUCAUUUCUCCCUUCGAUAAUUCUUUAAUCUCCGGGACCGGGACGCGGCUAUACGAGAAUGAAAACUUUUCAAAUAGCAACAAGAAAAAAAAUAUCUAAAUCUUUAUCCGCUUAUCUAUUUCCUUUUUUCUUUCUUCGACUUAAGCUUUUCAUAAAAAAAUAAUCGCAGGAGAGAAUUUCAAAUCUACGUAAUCGAAAAUCCAAUGAUCUUCAAUCUAAAAAUGUUGCAUUUUAUUUUAUAGUUUUAUGAUUUGUGUUACUUAUUUGUUCAAUCGUGACAAACUUUAAUUUAAGCCAAACAAAAUGAAAACGAGAAACUUUUGUUACAAAUUUAUAAAAUCUCAAAUCAGGAUGUGUAGGAAGGAAUUGAUUACCAUUAAUUAAACAUUUUGUUACAAUUGUUAAUUAUGUUGAAAAACAAAGAUGAAUAAUUAUUUUAUAAAGAUUUUAGCUGACAACGACUUACGUUCCUUGAAGUGACUUUUUUCAAUGCACAACAACUUCAAGAGCCAUUUAGUGCACAAAAAUAAUACAAACACACACACAAAAUAAGUUACGAAUAUAAAUUUAUGGGUAUGACUUUAAGAAACUCUUUUCGACCUUACAAAUUGCGAAAAUCUUAAUUGAAGCUAUCAACACUCGAAAUUAUUUUCGAAUUAUGUAGUACUUAAGGACAAAGUUAAAUUAAAAUAUAAAGAAAAAAGAAUCAUCAUCAAGUCUUUCUUAAUGUGUGACUAUAAACAUUUAACACUUACUAGAAUUGAAAAUAAAAAAAAAUUGUUAAAGUUUUGCUUUUAUUUUUCCUUUUUCUACCAUAAAAAAUGAAAUCAUUAUCUACAUAAUUAAUUAGGUAAGAAAUUAAACGAAGCUUUUAAAAGAUAAAACAAAAAAGAAAUUUCUAAAAAGUUACUGUAAUGAUAAAAAGUAACAGAAAAUGAAAAUAUGAAGA